AUGAUGAUGAAUCUGGGGAGAGUAUAUCAGUGCAAGCUCUGCAGGAGGAUCUUUUCUAGCGGACCAAUGUUGGGAGGUCACAUGAGGUGUCACCUGCCCUACAGUGUACCGGAGAGAGUGCAGCCAUUGGUGAUCGGUGACAGCUCGAAGGAAGAGCGACAUCUCGGGUAUAGUCUCCGAGUGAACCCCAAGAAAUCGUGGAAAUUGUCGGAGCUGGAGGAAAAUGCCCCAGAAAAUCUGUGGCCGGACUGCGACAAGCGGUACAGGUCGAUGAGGGCCCUGUUUUGCCACAUGAAGAUUCACUCGAGGAAGCACGGCCAGAGCGGGGACCGGUGCAAGGACCGCAGCAAAGGGUCCAGGUCAAUGAAAUCUUGCUGGGAUCGCACGAGGCCGAUUCACAACGGGGAGAGUCUCUUGAAUGAAGAUCGCUUUGCAGGCUCGAGCAAGACCAAGAGUGAUCUCCUUCUGCUCGUUUUAGCCGACGACGAGGCAAUGCACGUGCCCAGGAGGAAGAGAACCCCGCGAAUCGCGUUUGACGUCAAUGGAAGAAGUGAGGGAGUUCUGCUUUCCGCACCAAAUGGUUCUUUGUCCAGUAGCGAGGCCGAGCAUGACCUGGGAACCGUAGCACCAGCUUCUUCGAUAAUGAUCUCCCGAUGUGAGACAGACUUCAAUUCUUCGGGUUUGGGCGUCAAACCUUUCACGAACAGCUCGGCCCUGGAUUUCAUUGACGUGGGGAAAGGAAGGGUGACUGAAGCAUCCGAGUGCAAUGAAAGCCAUCCAAGAGGCUAUACGAGAAAGGAGCGGAAAGGGGUUGAAUUGGAGGUUCCCGCCAGCAUUCACAAGAAGCCUAAAGAAGCCAGAUCAGGCAAAGAGCCGAUGUAUGAGGCGGCAAUGAUGGAUCAUGAGCCGAUGGGAACUGCGGGUUCCGAUUCAAGAGAAAGAGCAGAACUAUGGCUUGAGCUGGGGCUUAAUUCAUUCAGAGACAAGGUCCGCGCUGAGGACUCGCAAGUUUUCAAGUACAAAAGCAGGGACGCUGAGAGCUACAAACAGGAGGCUCCGGUCAAUGCUUCUCACAAGAUGGAAGAGAGUCGCGGCUGCACCGGACUAAAGAGCAUCGACGGCUCGGAGAAGGUGAACAGGCAGAACAACAGCAAAUGCAGGGCAGAUAACUUCGGACUGAUGAACAAUCUCACCAUGAGAUUGAUUGGGGGAAGCAGAGUUCUCUUCUUGAUCUUCCCAUCUAAUCUCGCCGGCACACUCGACCUUGAUGCUAGGGUUAUUUAG